CCAACACUAUCAAUACAUGAACAGCUCGACUCGGAGAAAAUACAUAUUCUGCUUACAUACCUAAGCCUUCUCGCGCUCUCACGCCAUCCCACCCGCCCAGUCAUCGAGCUAAACAUGAAGACACAACUUCUGCAGCUCGACGCUUUCCUUUCCGGUAACAUCACCGAAGACGGAGAGGCAACGCACUGGGUUCCUGAGAGCGACACGAUGGAGCGCCAACAACGCUACGUGGACUUGUGUUCUCAAAUCGUCCCGAACCUCACGGCAGCUAUCCGACAGCAGUCCUCCGCGAACCUCGUCGCCGAGCCAAAGAAUCAGGUUCAAGGCGGCAACAACCCUGAGAACAAGAUGUUUUGGAGGAUAGUGCUGGCUCCAAAGGUGGUUGAAACAUUUGGCGAGUGGGUGGCAGAAUCGAAGAAGAGAGACACCAGUUUCAACCCUGACUUUGAUCCCUGGGUGGAUCCCACAACAAAUAAGAAGCUGAUUCGUAUCCUCAACUCCAUUGUCGAUUUGCAAUACGACUUUGUAUCCUGGAACCACUCACCUCCAGAGCCCAGCUUCAAUCAGCUGCGUCUUCCAGAAGGCAUAGAAUUCCAGCGCGUAAUGAGCGACCCGUCUCUAAUCCGUACAUACUACCGCCUCGUCACGCCCAGUGGGAAGGUAUUUUCACAAACCACCAUCAUCCCGGAGACAUCCAUCAUUUACACAGAGCAAGAAGCCAGAGAGAUGUGGCUCGCCAAGUCGCGACCAAAAUACCUGAUUCCCGAUCCCCUACACGUCACUGUUCCCGGAAGGAGAAAAGGCCAGACGUGGACCAAUGCCGACGGACGAGGUAAAACAUGGACGCGAGGCGAUGAGAUCUUCACGCUUAAAAUCCUCUUCUUCGUCUUCGACCAGCAGACAAACGCAUACAUCAACCACCACGCCGUCGACGCCGAGCUCGCUGACAACAUCGACCUGAACAACGAGGCGUGGGUAACUGCAUACCGCAAGAAGGUCGCACAGUGGCGCAGCCGCGCAACCCGCGAAGCGACAAAAGUCCGGGACCACUGGCGCGAUGAGGAGAAAAUCGCUAUAUACGCGUGGGCAAAUGCGUACUGCAGAGAACACGGUAUCGAUGCGCUGCUGAUUCGCAGGCUCCAGAUAGGAAAGGACAUGUUGAGCGCUGUGAAUUCCACUGUGCCUGGGACGCGCUCGGUGGAGUCGGUAUCUGCGUGGGCGAGACGCCAAAUGAACUUUCGGCCCAAUUCGCCGCUUGGGCGUCUGGCGGCAGAGCAAAAGAGAGUUGCUGAUCUGGUUGGUGCUGGUGUGAGUGUUCCUGAUGCUGAGCGGUAUCCUGAUGAAUUCAUCGACAUGUCUGCGUUUGCGGUGCAGGCUGGGAAGAGUGUGGAGAAGAACGAUGACGAUGAGGAGCAGAAGAGUGGGGAGAAGGCAUCGAAGAGUAACGAGGGGAUCAUGGAUGAU